AUGAGUGCUAUUCGUGAGACCGACGUCGAUGAGCCCAUCCAGGUGCUCAUCACCAUGCAUGAGAACAUGAACCUCCUUGACUUUGCCGGUCCGCUCGAAGUCCUGACUCGCGCUCAGCACAACUUCGACAACCCAGAAACCAAAGCCUUCGACGUCACCUUCGCCGGCCCGCAAGAACACGUUUUGACAGCCCAAGGCGUGACCAUGUCCGCCCAGGUCUCCUUCAAAGAAGCACACAAACGUCUCAAGGAGUUCGACGUUCUGGUCGUGCCAGGCGGCAAUGCGGCUGAGAUCAUCAAGGAAAAGGCGGAGCCGACAUUGUUGAUCAAGGCCUUUGCCGAUGUCCAAACCUCCAACCCGGCGCGCGAGCGGACCUUGCUAGCCGUUGACACUGCAGCAUUGUUGCUCGCACGUCAAGGUCUUCUGGAGGGACUCGGCGCCACGAUCCACCCAGACUACUAUAUCAAGUUGGAGAAGGAGUGUCAAGAGGCUGCCUCCCGCGACAUGAACGACCGCACCGAUGUCAUGGAGGAGCGAUAUGUGGUCAACAAUGCCCGCUUCGAUCUUGGUGAAGACAUGGAAGAGAAUCCGUACGUGUUCAAGAAGGGUCGCAAGGGCUCGAGGGCUCGCAAGGGCAGUCUGGCACGCAGGGAGUCGAAUGUUCGUCGUGAGAGCCUCGUCCGCCGUCAGAGCAUGCCUCUCGGUGGUAUGCGUGUCAUCACCACCGGCGGCGCGAUCAGUGGCAUCGAUGCUAGCUUGUACCUCGUCAGCGCUCUCGUCAGUCACGAAACCGCGCAGGAGGUCGCGCGCCUCAUGCAGUAUGACUGGGUCAAAGGCGUUGUUGUUGACUCGAUUGAUGUUUGA